AUGCAGUGGACCAGUGCGAGCCGGCUGCGGCCAAUGGCGAGGCCGGGCCAGGCAGCCAGCGCACCGCUCGUCGCUAGGGUGGCUACGUCAUGUCUCGGGAGGCCGGCGCAUGGGCACGGCGAGGGCGCUCCCGUCGAAAGCAGUGCUCGAGGCAGGCAAGCACACGCCUGCGUGCCCUCAAACUCAACCGCCGACAUCAACGCAGCGCCAUACUCGCCCGCGUCAUCGCACUUUUCCCACCAAAGCAUGGCCGAUCCCAAUGUGCAGCAGCAGUCGCGACAGCAGACCGUCGCCUAUCCCUCACCGCACUCAUACCCGUCGCCCUCGAUGCAGCCCACCUACACCUACCCGCCGCCCCAGGGCCAGCAAACCACCGAGGCCUACCGCGGUUCUCCCCAAAGCUCAAACAUGUCGUUGCCGCCCCUCAACCUGCCGCCAAUCCGUCUGCAGGACGGCCAGCAACCGCAGGCGCAACCUCAACCAGCCCAGCAGCCCAUGGGCUCGCCACUCCCACCACCACCACCUCACGCCAUGCCCCAGUACUAUCCGCACCCAGCUCAUGCGCAGCCCGGACAGCCCAUGAUGGCCAACAUGGGCCCUCAAUUCAAUGCCAUGCGAUACCAGCUGCCGCCCCAAGGUGACCAGCGAGUGCUCUCGGGAGGUCGCCAUAAGAAGGAGAUCAAGCGCCGCACAAAGACGGGUUGUCUGACCUGUCGCAAACGAAGAAUCAAGUGCGACGAAGCGCAUCCCAUGUGUAGGAACUGCCAAAAAAGUAAGCGUGAGUGUCUUGGCUACGAUCCGAUAUUCAAGCAGCAGUCUGGCCCGGCUCAGAUACAACCUGCCCCCAACGCUGCGCCUGCCUCUCAAGCACCAAACGCACCCUCCGCGCCUGUACCGCCAGCUUCAGCGUACAGCCAGAGCCCCGUGCCCCAAGGCUACGCGCCUGCCUCUUCGGCCGGCUACGCAAGCGCCGCACCUGCGACGAGCGGGGAACACCAGCCAGCCAGCUUCCACGCCAUAGACCCUGCACUUGCCCAGGCAGACCCUGCCCUGCAGUCGACCCAGCACUACAACGCCGGUCACGCUAUGGAUCCUGCCAUGAGGGGUCCUCCUGGCCCCAACGCCUACCCGCCUCCCCCAGAGCCGCUCAAAGGCAAGCGCCUGCACAUUACCGACAUCUUUGGCAUAUGUAACCAUAGCCCUCCAGAAGUCCCCCCUCGCACCUCGCCUGUGCCGCGUGAGAUUGACGACGAGUUCAGUCGCAUCUUCAUCAACGACUACUGCCAGGGACUGGACCUUGUUCUCGAGACCACAUGGUUCUCUACAGACAACAAUGCGCUCAACAGAGUCUUCAGCGACCGCUCGCUGCACGAAGAGGCCGCCUACUUUACCGAGACCAUCAAGUACAAGGCAUCUGACACAGACAUGACUGGCGUCUUUACGACCAACGGUGCAGCCUCGGAAACCGACGACUUCUCAUUACGAGAAGCGCGAGCCCGCUUCGACGUUCUCGAGGCUCUUUUGACCAAUCAGAACCUUGCGCCCAACCCUCUGCGCGAACUCACUUACCCUGCCAACCUCGAUGAAGAAACUAGGAUGCAAGUAGACUUCUGGAUGCACUUGGGUGAUUUUGUGCAAUACUCGGACUCGGACACUGCGCCUCCCGGAGCUGCUGAUAACGCUCUUGCUGUAAUACGCAGUGUGUUGCGCAUGCACGAAGUGCGAGACGCAAUCUACUCGAUUGCCAUUGCGCGUCACUAUGGCAGCCGAAUUGGUGGUUUCCCCAAUGCCUUACCAGCCCCUGUGAACCAAGCUCCGGAAAGCGACUUGAAUAAGCUUCUUGUAGCCAUGUCUUUUAUUAGUCACGAGAGCCGUGCAGCAAGUCAGCAGGUUCUUGCACGCAUUUGCGACAUGGCCAUGUUCUCAUGGACUGCCUCACGAAUGCCCUCGGGCCAUCAGCCGGGAGGCUUUCCACAAUGACCAUCAUCUGGUGUAGUCUGAAAGUUAUGAGGCACACUUCAAAAACACAAACACUCUCAGCCCCGUACUUUUGUACUACCAACUGGAGAAUUUGGUUUUUCAUUCUUGCAUUUCGGAAGCGGGCGUUGCUUUCCUCCCCCAUGCUUACCCAGCAUGACUUGCUAUCGUUUAUGAUUAUACUUUCAAUACAGUCCGCCCUCUUUUACGUACAUUCACUUUUUUUUUCUUUGCAUCGACCCUGCGUACGGAGCUGGUGGAUUCUACAGCAUUUUGGGGCAGGCAUCACAAGAUAUACCCGGUUCAGCUCGAUCGUGUCCUGUUUCUCUUCCUCUUCUCGGCAUCUUCCCACAUGUGGGGGGGAUAAUUGCCUCUAAUCCGUUUUUAUUGCUUGCUUGAUGAAGGAGUGUUUUUUUUUAAACGACACCACUUACGACAUGAAUGAAGGGUGUCGUAAUUGAAGUUUUUGACGUGGA